CUUUAUUAAAAAAAAAGGCAUAGUGUUACUCCAUUCAUUAUUUUUAAUAUUUUUAUUACAUACAAUAACAAUUAAGGAGAGUGGCGAGGAAAUUUUAGGGAGAGAAAUUUCCCAUAUAAAUGAUUAUAGUCAACUCAAAGCAACGACCAUUUCCAUUUUCCACAUAUGGGUGGGUGGUGUAUGCGUGUCUCCAAAAUCACCUAAUCUCUCAAAUCGAAUAUAUUCGUCGUUCAAUUAAUUCCCAAAACAACUAAAAUUCAAUAAUCCACUUGACAUAAUAAUUACAGACGACUCUUGCUUUGUACUCAUCACACAAGCUACCCAACAAGGGGAUACCGAAUACGAAGUAUAAUACUUUAUUAGAAUGAAUAUAAUACUGAAAGAAAGGGUUAAUCCUUUUUUUUUAAUAUAAUAGGACAAACCAUAAGCAUCAUAUAUCACUGUCUCAAUUAACUCUCAGAAUUGAAGCCAUAAACCUUUUUGCAAGGGAAAUGGAAGCCAUUGAUGAUCUUUGCAUGAAGAAAAUGCCCAUCCAAAGAGUCACCCUUGCAUCCAUUGAAUCAUUGGCCAUACCACUUGAAGUGGUGUUCUUGGCGGAUUACCGGAGCGCUAGGUGCCGGCGGAGGGUCGCGGCGGUUAUGUCCAAAAUGAACGGAGAAACCGAUUCAGUGAUGAUCAGUGUGCUGGAAAAGAAGAUUAGUAUAACUUGCAAAAUUCCAAGACCAAAAAACACUUCGGGCCAACACUCAUCAAUUUCCAUCUUGUCCAACACUCUUAACAAAUUUACUUCCAUUCUCAUCACUCUUUUUCUCCCUUCCCAUAUGUAACUCAUGAUGAAUCCAUUCCCCAAAAUCCAACUUGCCGCACUUCACAUUUUUCAAUAGCUAGUGCCCUUCGAACAAAAUAAAUCAAACUAACUUUGUUGUGUUUCUUAGUCAC